AGAUUCCAGAACAUUUUUGUCCUUUUUCGAUAUAAUAAAUCUUUUUUUAUAGUGUUAACAGUAAGCAGCGGAAAGAGUUUAGAAUUCACCGGAAUUAAUGGCGUCUGCUCUGAUCAAAUCUAGAAUUCACUCCGCCCUCCGCGGCGGUGCAUUCAAGAGGACUUUCUCUUCUUCCUCCCACCAUGACGAGGCCCGUGAAGCAGCUAAGUGGGAGAAAAUUACUUAUGUUGGAAUAAUUACGUGCACUAUUCUUACAAUCUUUAAUCUCUCUAAGGGUCAUCCCCACUAUGAAGAGCCUCCUCCUUAUCCGUAUCUGCACAUUCGUAACAAGGAGUUUCCAUGGGGUCCGGAUGGUCUUUUCGAGAAGAAGCAUCACUAAUACGUGUAUAUAUAUGUGUAUAUCUAUAUAUAAUCUGUGAAGGCUUUAAAAAGUUAAACCUACAGCAUCAUCUAAGUUGUGUGAAAUAUGUUUGAAUUUACUUUAGAGGUCUUAUGUUGAUACUUAGCCAUAUCUCUGAUGUACUCUUAUUGUGCUGUCUACUAUGUUUUUUACAGUGUGCUGUCUACACAAUA